ACAUUGUUUUUAUCUUCUCUUGUUUUUUUUUUACUCUGUUCUUUCUUGUUGAAACUCUCUUUCACUGAUUUCAAUCAAUCACCAGAACUGUCAUCAUUCUUCAUCAUCCUCUACAUCACCAACAACAACCUCAUCCUCACAUACUGCUGUUGAUAAUUAUAUCCCAUCUUCCUCCCUUUGUCCAUCUGUCUUUCACCAUCCUCUUCUUCCUUCCCCUGCCCUGUGUCUCUACACACUUCCUCUCCUCCCGCCCUAUCCCUCCUUCUUGACCUUCUCUCCCCCUCUCCCCUCCUCCCUGUGUGGCCAUGUUGGAGAACAUGUCUCGUCGGUCCCGCUCCCUGCUGUCCCUGUCCCUGACCACUCUGGCUCUGGCCCUGUCCAUCCUGGCUCUCUGCACCUCCUACUGGUGUGAAGGGACUCACAAGGUGGUCAAGCCUCUCUGCCUGUCUCCAGUCAAGAUGAGGAACUGUGGUCAGAACAACAGUGAACCCUACACCACAGGUAUGCCUACGUAACUGUCACCUAUGUAAUUGUGAUGUCAUUUCCUGUGGCACUCUCAAUACACCCAGUUCCAGAGUGUCAUCCUAACUUAUUGACCCACCCCUCGCUGUGAUCAUAUGUAUAUCCUGUUACUGUCAUCACUAGUCAGCCCUACGGAUCCUACCAGCCCUAAGCUAUUAUCUAAAAGUUUGGAUGUACAAGGGAGUCUGAACUGCAUGAAUUUGGUUGAAGUACCCAUCUGAGUGUUAGAUGAGUAGCAGGACAGUGUUUAACAUAAGCAUUACACAACUUCAACAACAUGGUGACAUCUGCCAGCCAAUUAUGACAUACUGUCUUCUGACAGUUGAAACCCAAUCACAACCCUCAUCCAAGUGUUCCCACAUGGCCAAACACCCAAAAGACACCAUUUAGAUUUUUUUACGCCAAACCAACUGUUUUCAAAGAAGUUGUCAUUUUUGUCAUCCCAGCAGUACAUUCUGGCACACUUAUGUGGCCUCUUCCCCUAUUGUCCCAAGGUUUAUGAUACUGUACAUAUGUAAUCUACCCCCCCCCCCCCCCCCCCCCAAAACCUGCCUCCACAUCCCUCAUUGAAACAACUUUGCUCUGAGCUGUAAUCUGCUGGAUGUGAGGAAUGCAAAUUAAUCCUGGUGUUUUGUUCUGUCCUCUCUGCUCCCUGGUCUGUAUUGUACAUAAUCCAGUGAGAUUGAGAUUAACAGCUCUAUAACCAUACAUUAAUCCAGUUAGAGAGCUGUAGCUGUUCUGUACAGUAUGUACUCUGGCCAGAGCCCAGCACCUCUAACCACAGCAAGAGGCUCACCUGACGCACACGCUCACACACAUGCACGUGAAUACACACCCACGCUCACACACAUGCACGUGAAUCCACACCCACGCUCACCACUGAGUGAAUACACACCCACGUCACACACAUGACGUGAUCACACCAACGCUCACCAUGCACACACACCAUCACACACACACGUGAAUACCACCACGCUCACAAACAUGCACGUGAAUACACCCCACAGCUCACACAUGCAGUGAAUACACCCACCUCACACACUCAUUGAUACACACCUACACCACAUCACUGCUGACUACACACACACCGCCACACAUGCACGUGAAUACACACCCACGCUCACACACAUGCACGUGAAUACACACCAACGCUCACACACAUGCACGUGAAUACACACCCACGCUCACACACAUGCACGUGAAUACACACCCACGCUCACACACAUGCACGUGAAUACACACCACCUCACACCACAUUACGUAACACACCAGCUCACAUCACAUGACGUGAAUAACACCCACGCUACACACAUAUGACGUGAUCCAACCCACUCACACACAUGCACUUAUACACACCCACGUCUCACAAAAAUGCCAUGAAUACACACCAUCCUCUACACAUGCACGUUAAUACACACACGCUCACCACAUCACGUUUAAUACACACCACGCUCACCAUCACUUGAGGAUCACACCACGCUCACAACAUGCCGGAUACCACCAAGCUCACACACUGCACGUGAAACACCCAGCUCACAAUGACGUAAUACACACGCUCACACACACACUAAUAACCACCACGUCCAUCACGAUGAUACACACGUGAUAACCUUAGUGUUGUAGACAAUGGGGUAUAGAUUUGGGAGUAAGAUAGGACCAACACGCUGACCCAGUGUCAUUCACAAUAAAUGGGAUGAGAUUUCAAUCAAUCCCUACUGGGCAUAGACGUCAAUUCAACGUCUAUUUCACAUCAACGUUGAUUCAACCAGUGUGUGCCCAGUGGGUCACUUCUUAGAAAGGAUAAGAGGAAGACAUCUGGGUUUUACUCAGAAUGUUCAGGUAUGUGUUGUGUAGAACAAAUAUGAACGUUAGAGAGGUGAACAAAAAUAUAUUUUUCCACUGUCAUCAGAUGGAUACCAAGAUAAUAUUCUACUCUCAGAGAGCCCAAAUCAGAACCCAUACAACAGAACCCUGUCCCCACAGAGGAAAUAUAAUAUUCUACUCUCCUCAGAGAGCCCAACUCAGAACCCGUACAACAGAACCCUGUCCCCGCAGAGGAGAGAUGAACUGGCUAAGAUCCGCCAGAGACAGCUAGACAAUGCUGUUCACUACAUCUGGGAGACAGGAGAGGACAAGUACACCUUCAGAUACUUCCACACUGGCUUCUGGGAGAGCUGUGAGAAACACAUUGAUGGUGAGAAAGGCUACAAGUGCUCUUUACUUUUCUCUCUCACAAAAAGUUGUAAACCGCUAAUAUUGUUCCAAUUCUUUCCUCUAGGUGAGAAGUGUCGCAGCUUUAUUGAGCUGACUCCUGGUGAAACACAAGGUUUGUCCAAUCUCUCUCUCUCUCUCUCUCUCUCUCUCUCUCUCUCUCGCUGCCUGUGGUGUCUAGUUUUACAUGAUGAGGAUGGGCGUCCCAUUGAUACAUGUGUGUUUGUGUGGUAUGGUUUUACUAUCCUUGUGGGGACCAGAAGUCUUCACAACGAUAGUAAAACAAGGAACAUUUGGACAAGUGGGGACGUUCAGACAAGUGGGGACAAGGAAAAGGGCUAUUUUAGGCUUAGGGGUUAGGUUUAGGGUUACAGUUAGGGUUUUGAGGUUAAGGUUAGGAUUAGGUCAAAGGUUUAGGGUUAGGAGUUAGGGAAAAUAGGAUUUUGAAUGGGAAUCAAUUGUUUGGUCCCCACAGGAUAGUAAAACAAAUGUGUGUGUGUCUGCAGGUGUGUUAUGGCUAUCGGUGAUAUCUGAGUUCACUUACAUUGGUCUAUUGGGAAUGGGCUUUCUGUUGAUGUGGCUGGAGCUGUUGUGUUCCCAUAAGGAGAUACACGCUCUCAAAAUCAACGCCUAUGCUGCCAUCUGCACCGUACUGUCAGGUAACGCCUCCACUCCUUCACUUUCUCCUUAACCUCCCUCCCUCCGUUGUCUUUACUGUAUCUUCCUCUGGAGCACUUCUCUUGAGCACUUCUCUUGUUCAUAUCCUUUCUCAACACCUCCAGACUUCACCUCUUUAUCUCUGUCUGCCUCUCCCAUCCUCUAGCCAAGAUGUUGAAUUAAUUCAUCAAUGAAACAGUAAAUCAAUGCUUUUCUCUCUCCCCCCUCCAGGUCUGAUGGGGAUGGUGGCCCACAUGAUGUACACCACAGUGUUCCAGAUGACCGUCAUUGUUGGCCCUAAAGACUGGAGGCCUCAGACCUGGGACUACGGCUGGUCAUUCGCGUGGGUUUACAUUCACACUGUUAGCAGUGAAUAGUAGAGACCCUUCUUUCAUAGGACUCUCUCUCUAAUGACCCCUCCCUCUCUCUCUGUGGUCUCUCCUCAGCUUGGCGUGGAUCUCCUUCAGCUGUUGUAUGGGAGCUGCAGUCUUCACCCUCAACUCUUACACCAAGACCAUCAUCGAGCUGCGCCACAAACAGAGGCUCCGAUUGGAGGAGGCCCGCGCCGCCAGCCACGCCCCUCCCUAUGAUGAGGUGGUGCCCGGGGGCGGGCUCUACUCUGUCCGUGGCCUAUUGCAGUGCCCGGAAGGGAUGAUUGACGUGGCGUGGGCGCCUGACGGGACCGUGAUGGGGGUGGGGAACGGGGAUGUACCAACUCUGGUGUUGGUAGGGGGGUGUGGGCCGGAGGGCUGUGAGGACUGUGAGAGAGAGAUGGAUAAGAUGGAGGAGGCCAUGGAGAGGGAAAGAGCUGAUUCGCCCUGUUAA